CCGGGCCAUUCCUCUUUGCAGAGCGCGUGCGUCGGAGAGAGACGGAGAUAUUCCUGCUGGUAGAGAGAGUACGUGCCCAGCAGCGGCAGCAGCAGGCGGCAGGAGCAAAAGAGGAAAAAGAGAAAGGCGGUUCGCGGCCGGCGAUGCUGCGGAGGAUGGUGUCCGACCAGGCCCCGGGCUCCGGAGGCAGCGGAGGAGACGCCAGGCCCCGCGGCGGCGGCGGCGGCGGCGGGGGCGCGCUGUUCGCCGUGCCGAGGCUGUUCAUCGGGCUCGCGGCCGCCAAGCGCGCGCCGGACGGCGCCGGCGAGUCGGAGCGGAGCCCGACGUCGCCGCUCGACCCCAAGGCGCUGCUGCUCCGCUCGCCGCGCUCGCCGAGGACCUGGGACGCCGAGCCGGUGGGGCUCGGCCUGGUCGUCGACGUCGCCCUCGCGGCCGGCGCCGACUCCGCCGCCGCCAAGACCUGCGUGCUCAGCCCGCGCCUGCGCCUCAGGACGCACGGCUGCGCCGGCUCCACGACCAAGGGCUGCGGCGGGGGCGGCCACUCGCAGCCGGAGCUCGGGGGCAAGACCAUCUCCUGCCCGGCCUCGGCCACCGCCGGCAUGUCGGUGCCCUGCAGCAGGUUCUUCCACGGGGAUCUGAAGUCUGGUCCGGAGGCCGCUCGGCCGGACGGCGCCCACUCCGGCGCCAAGCGGCAUUGCUUCCACCUCGGCGAGCUCCCGGGGCCGGGGUCCCUGCCGGCGUCGAUCGCCGGCGGGGCACGGCGGUUCUUCGGGUCCGUCUCGGCGAGCGAGGUGGAGCAGUCGGAGGACUACACCUGCAUCAUUGCCCGCGGCCCCAACCCCAAGACGACCCACAUCUUCGGGGACUGCAUUCUUGAGCCCCAGACGACGGUCGGGAAGAGCGACGAGGCCGCCAUGGAACCCAAGGACGGAGCUUCGGCUAAGUCCUACCUGGUGGUCAAGCGCGACACCGAGGCCGCCGCCGGCCCCGGCGAGGACUUCCUGAGCUCCUGCUUCACUUGCACGAAGAAGCUGGAAGGGAACGACAUUUACAUCUACCGCGGCGAGAAGGCAUUCUGCAGCGCCGAGUGCCGGGACCAAGAGAUCAUGAUCGAAGAGGAAGCCGAGAACAGCAUGGCCAUCGGAGGCUCCCCUCGCUCCUCCUGCUCGUCCCUGCACGAGGACAUCUUCAUGGCGGGCAUGAUGGUGGCGACAUGACCCGCCGCGACGAUGGCCCGACCGAGACGCCGUCUUCUUCGCCUCGACAAGCACGCACGCACUCAAUUUUUCCCCUUGCUAGCUACAACCAGGUGAUGGGGGGUUACUCGCAGGGAUCUGGGUUUUUUUUUUCCUUUAGGAACGAGAUGAAAAAAAAGAGGUGGCCUGCCUGCUUGGCCUUUGGUCCUGUAGUUUUGAUCUUAAGGCUGCCUGCGUGCAUGCAGGCCAGAGCCACCCAUCCUUCUUUCUUCUUCUUCUUUUUUCUUUUGCUCCUGCUGGCAGCAGUGACCAUGUCUGCACAUUUGCUACUACCACACCACCGUGUGUGUGUGAGAGAGAUAAUGACAUUGAGCUGCUUUGCUUUGGGUCA